AUCAAAUCCCCUUCCGUCAUGCAGAAAGGCAGCUAGAAGAAGAGUCCAACGGGCAACCGUCCCCGUCGCUCCAAGGUGCUAGGCUGCUAGCUACUACCAGCCUACCACACUCUCCCUUGAGUAGUCCCUGACCCUCCCACGCUUGCGUGCACCAAACUGUCCUCCAUGGCGACGGCUCCGAGGAAAGGGAGCAGCAGGAGUGCCCAGCUACGGGCGGCGGUGGCCGUGUUGUUCCUUACAGUAUUGGCCGCCGGUGCGGCAGCGGCUGCUCCGCGGCGGCUCUUGGUGGACACGGACAUGGACACCGACGACCUGCUCGCGCUGCUCUACAUCCUCAAGCAGAACCGCUCCGAGUUCGACGUCAAGGCCAUUACCAUCAGCGCCAACGCGUGGACCGACGCCGGGCAUGCCGUCAACCAUCUCUACGACAUCCUCUACAUGAUGGGCCGCGACGACAUCCCCGUCGGCGUCGGCGGCGACGGCGGGAUAUCCGACGCCGGCGACCUACAACGCAACGUCGGUGGCUACCUACCACUGAUCGACCAGGGCAUGUCGACGGCCGGCGGCUGCCGGUACCGGCAGGCCAUCCCGCUGUCGGGGCGGCUGGACGUCGACACGAACUUCGGUGUCCGGAAGGGCUACCUCCCGCAGGGUUCCCGGGGGUACCGGCCGCUCCGGCAGCCCACGGCGCAGCGGGUGAUGGCGGCCACGCUGUCGGCCGGCCCGACCUCGGUGCUCCUGCUGGGCACGCACACCAACCUCGCGCUCCUCCUGAUGUCGCGCCCGAACCUGAGGCGGAACGUGGAGCGCGUCUACGUCUCCGGCGGCGGCGUGAGGGUGGCGGGCAACCUGUUCACGGCCACCGCCGCCAACCCGGUCGCCGAGUUCAACGUCUUCGGCGACCCCUUCGCCGCCUACCAGGUGCUCCACUCGGGCGUCCCCGUCACCAUGAUCCCUCUCGACGCCACCAACACCAUCCCCAUAACGGAGGCGUUCUACUCCGAGUUCCAGCGGCGCCAGAGCACGCACGAGGCACGGUACUGUUUCCUGUCGCUGGACGGGGUUCUGGCGCAGCGGAGGAGGCGAUCCGACAGCCAUGACCACACGGGCUUCUACAUGUGGGACCAAUUUGCCGCCGGCGUGACCCUCGCCAGCAUGCGCCAUGGCGAAACGGGCAGCAGGAGUAAUGAGUUUGCCGAGCUUGAGUACAUGAACAUCACCGUGGUAACAUCCAACAAACCAUACGGUGUGCGUGACGGCUCUAACCCAUUUUUCGAUGGACGAACUGCUCCCAAGUUUGGAUUGCAAGAGGGUGGAGUUCACAGUGGCCAUGUUGAGACUGGGAUCAGAGAUCCCUUCUGUCUGGUGCCGGGAAGCAACAGAGGCAGAUGCAAGGAUGGGUACACCAAGGAAGUGUCCGGUCUAGAAGCAGUUCAGGUGCUUGUCGCAACAAGGGCAAAGUCGAACACAAAUAAGAAUAGCCCACUGGACAAGGAAUUUUCGGAGAGAUUCCUAGAGGUUCUAAAUCUCCAACAGAACACUGGACGUUUCGACAUCAGUACACAGUUUCCAUAUUACAGAGAGGUUCUCUACAAGCCGGAUUUCAUGAAUGUAACUAGGGGCAAGCCAGUCGUUUUUGACAUGGACAUGAGCCCUGGAGAUUUUGUGUCACUCAUAUACCUCCUGAAAGAACCUAGACAUGAAAUUGAUCUGAAGGCUGUUUUGAUCAACGGAAACGGCUGGGCUAAUAGUGCUAGCAUUGACAUUGUUUAUGACGUUCUACAUAUGAUGGGCCGUGACGACAUUCCAGUCGGUCUUGGCAAUACUACUGCAAUGGGCAGUCCAACCCUUGGCUGCAACAAUUCUUAUGCUAUCCCUCAUGGAAGUGGUGGAUUUGUAGAUUCAGACACAUUGUAUGGACUGGCUCGGUCGUUGCCAAGAAGUCCUCGAAGGUUCACUUCUGAUGAUUUGGAUCAUCCCGAAAGCCGGCACCCACAUGCUUUCGAUGUUUGGCAGUCAGUUAGGAAGCAACUUAGUCCAGGUCAGAAGAUCACGGUUCUUACCAGCGGACCUCUUACCAAUCUAGCCAGCAUUUCAUUAUCUGACAUGGACGCCAGCUCUGUCAUAGAGAGAGUUUAUGUUGUCGGUGGACUCAUUAGAGAUGGUGGUGACGAGAAGGGAAAUGUGUUCACUGUUCCCUCCAACAGAUAUGCAGAGUUCAACAUGUUCCUCGAUCCACUGGCCGCAAAGACAGUACUAGAAUCUAGUCUGAAUAUCACACUCAUUCCUCUUACCGUGCAACGAAAGGUUGCUUCAUUUGAGGGUAUCCUUGGAGCUUUGAAGCAACACACCCAGCAUACUCCCGAGUCAAAGCUUGUCCAUCGUUUGCUAUUGCUGCUUCAGAAACUUCAGAGGAAACAGAAAUUCUAUCACCACAUGGACAUAUUUCUUGGAGAAGUUCUUGGCGCAGUUUACAUGGUCCAAGGAACUGACUUGGAACCCUCUGUGAAAGUGAAGUCAAUAAGCAUUGUUGCCAACACAACCGAAAGGACAAAUGGGCAAAUUUUGGUCAAGAAGAGCGCAAAGCCAGUGAAUGUAUUAUAUAGUUUGAAUACUGGAGCAUAUCACAACCAUUUGGCAAAUUCUUUGGCUAACGAUAAGCAAUCUGCUGUUGUUGGGAGCUUUGAAGAGCAAAAGGCAAUUUGGAGCAGGCCACACAAACAUUUAGGGGCGGACAUAGCAAAGGAUAGAAAAUAAGUAAUAUAUUUGUAGAAUACUGCUGGAAAAGGAUUAAAGAUUAGAUGCCAAAAAACCAAAACAGUUUACAUCAUAUUUCACCAUCUUAUAGCAUAGUGCAAAAAACUAAAGGAGAUACUCAACACAACAGUUGUAAGAAAGGGCCUUAAUAAGCAAUAAAAUUUAUCUUCAGAUGGA